UGUAUUUGACAUUGUUUAUGCAUCUCUCUAAAUUUUUCGCUGGUCAUCCUCGUAGUGAUGUCGGACGCGAACCUUGCAGUGACAUAUUCUUUAAUCUAUGUGUUUCUGAAACAGCAGUCCCAGACAAAAGCGGCUGAUGCUGUGAAGAAAGCUGCAAGGAACAUAAUCGUCUUAAAGGAUGAUCUGCAACUCGAGGGUUUACCCUUGGAUGAGAUAGUUAAGCAGUGGAAAGAGUCUCGUGCUAAUGACAGUUCUUCUGACUCUGACUCUUCAGAUGAUUCCUCCGAUGACUCUUCCACAAGUUCUAGCUCUGAUUCCAGUUCUAGUUCAUCCGAUUCAACGUAUGUUUCCGAGACGUAUAAUUUAUCUUGCUCACAAGUCAGCCUCAAGUUCAGGGGAUGAAGCAGGUAUGUAUAUUUUGUUGUCACCAUGUGUUGCCGCCUCACGACCACAGAUUCGUCAUCAAGUGAAAGCGAAAGCGACAGUCAAAAAGGAACCC